ACCGCCCUCCGAAGAUGGCGGAUGGGGGGGCAGGUCCUGUGCAGGAGGAAGGGGAUGUAUCCUCUGUGGCCCGUGGCGUUCGGAGGGAUCGGCAGCCUCGGAGCAGCGGCCGCCCGCCCAGCGCACGGGAUCUGCAGUUGGCUUUGGCAGAGUUAUAUGAAGAUGAAGCUAAAAGGCAGGCAUUGUGUCCUGACAAACCAACAUCUACAAAGAUCAGUAACACAAAAGCAUCACAGAGUCUUAAAAUUGAUUCUCUUAGAAGACUGAGGAAACCAGAAAGAAGCAUGAGCGAUGACAAAGAAAACCAAAGAUUUUAUUCAGGUGACUCAGAAUAUAGAGGAUUACAUAUUUCUGGGGCUUCUAAUAAUCCAAGCAAAAUUGUUGCUGAACUCUUCAAGGAAGCAAAAGAACAUGGAGCUGUCCCAUUAGAUGAAGCCUCAAGAGCAUCUGGUGAUUUAAGUAAAGCUAAGUCGUUUUCUGGUGGUGGAUAUAGAUUGGGUGACUCAUCACAAAAGCACUCAGAAUACAUAUAUGGAGAAAAUCAAGAUGUUCAAAUUUUGCUGAAACUAUGGAGGAAUGGCUUCAGUUUAGAUGAUGGCGAGUUGAGAUCCUAUUCAGACCCAACAAAUGCUCAAUUUCUUGAGUCUGUUAAAAGAGGGGAAAUUCCUGUGGAACUGCAGCGACUUGUUCAUGGUGGCCAGGUUAAUUUGGAUAUGGAAGACCACCAAGAGCAGGAAUAUGUGAAGCCUAGACUACGAUUUAAAGCUUUCAGUGGUGAAGGGCAAAAGCUUGGAAGCCUUACCCCUGAAAUAGUCAGCACACCUUCUUCACCGGAGGAGGAGGAAAAGUCCAUUCUUGAUGCCCCUGUUCUGAUUGAUGAUUCCAUGCCAUCAACUAAAAUUCAGAUUAGAUUAGCAGAUGGAAGCCGAUUAAUACAAAGAUUUAACCAGACACACAGGAUUAAGCAUAUUCGAGAUUUCAUUAUCCAGUCCCGUCCAGCUUUUGCAACAACAGAUUUUGUUCUUGUGACUACCUUUCCAAAUAAAGAGCUAACAGAUGAAAGCCUGACACUACAAGAAGCAGAUAUACUUAACACUGUGAUUCUUCAGCAAUUAAAGUAAUCGUACAGUUGUUGGUGCAGUAGGGGGGGAGCAUGCUGUAUUGUCGUACAAUGUUUCCAACAGAUAAAGAAAAGGAAAGAUCAAUGUUUUCUUAUACCUUCUUCCAUGGAUCAGCUUUUUUUGGGUUUCAUGUCUUCAAGUGAUAACAUAUCUAACUUUAAUUUCUCAGUAUUGUUCAUCUUUUUUUAGUGUUAAAAUUAAGCUUCCCUUUGUUAGUAUGUUUCAAACCACAUCUUGUACUAAAUGUGAAAUGAGAGAUGACUUUAUGACUCUUCCACUAUUUUGGGGGUGGGGAGAAGCAUUUUUCUGAAGGGGCCAUUAUCCUUAAUACAGUUGGUAAGAUUUGCACUAUGGGAAUGUAUUAUGCUGCAUUGACAAACAGCCAUUUGAAGACUUAGCCUGUGGGUGAUGUUUACCUUCCAAGCUGUAUUAAUACUAAAGUGUUCUAUUUAAUAGGUGGAGAAAUAAUUAAUGCUCUAAUAUAAUUUUUGUAGAUUCUGUUUGUAUUGUUUCAUGGUGCAGUAUAAUAUUUAUAUUCUAGUUUUUAUGUAAUUUCCUCUGUAGCAUAUGAGUGAAUCAGUUCAGGAGAUGCAAACCUCAGCUAUUGCAGACUGUAAUAGAUUGCUCGCAUUUGUAUUCUAGUUGUUCUACUUGUGGUGAAAAUAGGUAUGACUUUUUUUCUUCUUGAGGUUAGAAAGUGGGAUACACCAGAUGACAGUGGUGUAUCCCAUUUCACCACUGGAGAAAUGCUGUGAUUCAGAUUUCAUGAGAGUAGGCCUAUGGGCACUUUGAACCUGAAUAUGCAGCUACAUAAAUGGUUACUUAAAUAACCCCAAGUGAUAAAAACCACCCAGGUGCACACAGAACUUCUUUGUGCUGUCAUUUGCAUACACAAAAGUAGAUGUGUUAAUUGGUCAUGUAUUUUUGACCUGAAUUUCAGGUCAUUAUAUUUGGACUUCUGGCCAGAGGCAUUUUUUUAAUAUUCAGUGGGGGUUUGGUUGUAUGGCUUUCACUAUACUUUUUUGGAAGCUGCAUAAUUAAACCUUUUAAUCUUUGAAAUGCUAUAUUUUUUCAAAUAACAUGGUCCUGCACUGCAGUAUGCAGGUAGGAGUCUUACUCUGUGGGCAAACUGGCCGCUGUUCUUUAGUAGUAUGCAGUUUUAUAGCGUUCGUGGCUUUAUAUCAGAUGAGUGGAUCUCACUGAAGGAGGGUAAAUGGCUGUAUCUCUUGUACAAUGUAUGUGUUAAAAAUGCUGUUUUCAUUAAUUAUUUUAUUCUGAAAAUAUUUAUUUAUGCUAAGCUUAUAAUUGCUCAGUAUAUUUGGUUAAUUUACAUUUUUACCUCAAAGUAGAUCUUUGAAAGAGUAAAUUUUAAACAUGUAAUUGUAUUUGAAGUAUUUUGUUUUGUAAUCUGCAUAUCUGCAUGAUUUUAAUAAUUCUUUUCAUGUACUAAAUAAUUAAAGCUUUAAGCUAAAAAUA